CUCCGGAAGCUGGCCAGGCCGUGCUGUGCACGCGCAAGGAGUGGGGUUAACCUUGCCUGCGCGCGUGCGCGCGGCGGCUUAGAGCGCGCGGCCCUCGUGGGCUCCGAGUCAGUUCCAGCGGCGGCCGCGGCCGAGCGCUCCCCCUCCCCCCACUUCGGGCCCAACCAGGCCCAGGUCCCGGCCCCACGAUGCCCAUUUUACUGUUUCUCAUAGACACGUCCGCCUCCAUGAACCAGCGAACUUACCUAGGCACUAGCUACCUGGACAUCGCCAAGGGCGCCGUGGAGAUCUUCAUGAAGCUCCGGGCCCGGGACCCCGCCAGCCGCGGAGACAGGUACAUGCUGGUGACGUUCGACGAGCCGCCCUACGGCAUUAAGGCUGGUUGGAAAGAAAACCAUGCGACUUUCAUGAAUGAGCUGAAGAAUCUUCAGGCAUCAGGGCUCACCACCCUCGGGCAGGCACUGCGGACAUCCUUUGAUUUGUUAAAUCUGAACCGCUUAGUUUCUGGGAUAGAUAAUUAUGGUCAGGGAAGGAAUCCUUUUUUUCUUGAACCAUCUGUUAUAAUCACCAUCUCUGAUGGAAGCAAGAUGACAAAUAACAGUGGAGUGCAAGAGGAGUCAGACUCACUACUAUCCUCAGGGAAUUGAUGGAGUCGAAGACAAGCAGGAGCUACUCUGCGGCUACAUCAGUCGAGAGCUAUCCUAAAGGGAAUCGUGUCUCAGAACAGAUAUCCAGGCAACCUAGCCUCCAGAACCGUCUGUACUGGUCAAGUAAUGAAAACAUUAAUCAACAUUCAGAAUGAUUUAUGGAAUACAAAUGGAAUAGACUACUCCCUUGGAUUUAGAAGAUUGCUAAGUGAUCUAAUAAAAACACAAUAUGACUUAGUUGAUGCUGAGAAAAUAUAUGCCCCGACUCAGGAAUCAAAUUCAGCAAUUCACAAUCUUGGAAUAAAUGGUCAGCUUAUUAGGACUGAAGGAAGGAAAAAUGUUUUCAUUCAGACAUAUGCAAAUUUUGGAAUUCUCAACCUCAGAGAGCUGUGGAUAUUUAGUUAAUGAACAUCUUCACCAUGGAAUUGAUCCUUUUCUGGAUGCAAAGGAAAUCAAGACUAUUAAGCUAGUGGAGCAAAAAUGGAUUUAAGCUUCACCUGCCAUUAAAUUCCCCCCUACCUGGCAGUGAAUUAACAAAAGAGCCAUUCCG